GGUACCUUUAGAGCUUCCGCCUCAGAGAACUUGCCGUUCGAAGAAAAUUUAAUUAAAAAUCCGUACAAUGUUAAGGCUUGGUUGAGAUAUGUACAGUUUCAAAAAUCAAGUUCGCCCCAGAUUCUGUUGGUUUUUUUAAUUCUAACUGUUAGUUAUAAAUUGUGGUAUAACUACCUAAAACUGCGCCGCCAGCAUGCGAGGAGAAUGUGUCCUGGUAGUUUGAUUUAUGAGGAAACAAAUAAUGCACACGAACGGGCGCUUGUUACGAUGCACAAGAUGCCGCGUAUUUGGACGGAUUAUCUUCAGUUUCUUAUGUUUCAAGGCUACAUUACAUUGACGCGUCGCACUUUUGAUCGUGCUCUGAAGGCAUUGCCAAUAACACAGCACGAGAGGAUUUGGCGAAUUUACUUAAGAUUUGCUGAUAAGCAUGGCGCAGCUGUAAAUGAAACAUGUGCCCGCAUUUAUAGGCGUUACGUUAAGUUCGCUCCUGACGAUGUCGAACGAUUUAUUAAUUUUCUUAUCCGCAACGGCAAUGUCAACGAAGCUGGCGUGCUUUUGGCAAAGGCGAUUAAUGAUGAAAAUUUCGUCAGUCGCGAGGGAAAAUCCAAAUUCCAAUUGUGGCAAGUUUUGUGUGAUCUUCUUGUGAAGAAUCCAACCAAAAUACACUCGUUGGACGCCGACGCUAUCAUAAGACAAGGGAUCAGUCGCUACACAGACCAAGUUGGAAUAUUGUGGACAUCACUCGCUGAUUUCUAUAUUAGAAGUGGAAACCUCCCCCGAGCCAGGGAUGUGUAUGCCGAAGCUAUUACGACUGUGAUAACUGUCCGUGAUUUCAGCCAAACUUUCGAUGCUUAUGCAGAGUUUGAAGAAUCGAUAGCUAAAGCUCGCAUGGAUGCUCUCGAAAAAUCUCCGAAUGAACUGGAGGUAGAACUCUGCUUGGCGCGGCUGGAAGCUUUAAUGGAGCGUCGUCCUCUUCUGUUGAACAGCGUUCUCCUAAGACAAAAUCCCCAUAAUGUUAGCGAUUGGUUACAGCGCGUCGAACUGCUAGAACCACAGGGACCACGAAAGCAGAUAGAAGCUUUCAUGGAGGGCAUAAGCUCUGUGGACCCAGCCAAGGCAACAGCUGGUCGACCGUCAACUUUAUGGAUAGAGCUCGCUCGUCUCUACGAAAGACAUAAUCAGCUUUCAGAUGCAAGGAUGGUCUUACAAAAGGCAACAGGAGUUGGGUUUGUGCAUGUUGAAGAUUUGGCUUCUGUUUGGUGUGAGUGGGCUGAGAUGGAAAUACGACACGGAGAAACUGAGACCGCUCUUCAGCUACUUGCUCGGGCUGUCACUCCGGCUGCUUCGCACAAAGUCGAUUACUAUGAUCGCUCGGAACCGGUUCAAAAUCGACUUCACAAAUCCCUUCGGCUUUGGACCAUGUAUACUGACCUCGAAGAGAGUUUCGGUACAUUCCAGACGACAAAGGCUGCUUAUGAUCGCAUGAUCGAUUAUCGAAUCGCUACUCCACAGGUUAUUAUGAACUACGGUCUCUUUCUUGAGGAGCACAAUUAUUUUGAGGAGGCUUUCAAGGCAUACGAAAAGGGAGUGGCCAUCUUCCGCUGGCCGAAUGUUUUCGAUAUUUGGGCAACUUACCUCACUAACUUCAUGGAACGCUAUGGUGGAAGCAAGUUGGAACGAGCUCGAGACCUUUUUGAACAGUGUUUGGAAAAGUGCCCUUCAAAAUUUGCUAAACAAUUAUACCUACUGUACGCAAAACUGGAAGAGGAACACGGCUUAGCUCGACGUGCAAUCAAAAUCUAUGAACGAGCAACAGAGGCUAUGUUCAAUAUCUACAUCCAACGUAUUGCUGAUCUCCAUGGCGUAACUCAUACGCGUGCGGCCUAUGAGCAAGCUAUUGAGCGGCUGCCAGAGAAACAUGCGCGGCAGAUGUGUCUCCGCUUUGCUGACUUAGAAAGAAAGCUGGGUGAAGUUGACCGGGCGCGUGCCGUGUACGCUUAUGCUGCUCAAAUGUGCGACCCCCGGACUGAGCCGGACUUCUGGAAAAUCUGGAAGGAGUUUGAACUUGCUCAUGGGAAUGAAGAUACCUUGCGGGAAAUGCUGCGUAUCAAGCGCAGUGUGCAGGCCACUUACAACACGAAGGUCAGCUUUAUGGUUGUUGAAUCAGCUGUUACAGCAGAAGGAACCUCCUCAGCAAAUCGGCCGUUAGUUGUCUUUAAAUCAGCUGGCAUCGUAAAUCAAGCAGGUUCAGAAGUUGGGGCCGUUAAUAAGGCCACGAGCGAACUGGCUUCCAAAAAUCCUGAAGCUAUUGACAUAGAUCUUCCGAUGGAAGAUGAAAACGAGGACGUCGUCGAAAAUGAUGAAGAAGGAAAAGAAGCCAAGGUUCUCGAAGACCUUGAGGAUGGUUCCAAUUCCCGUAGGUUUCAAGUGUAA